UAGAUAAACCCACAUGGCGGCUGUUUCAUUGUUAUCUAUAUCUCAAGGGAUCUUCGAGUCAUAUGGCUGCCCCCAAAGAAUAUCGACGGUUACUAACAUACCUCAUGUCUGAUGAGUUUUCUCAGAAAUCUGCUUGAAUCGCGGUGUAAUAUUUAGACCAGGGGCAGAUCAAGGGGAGAGGUACAGGGGGAGCGCACCCCUCCCCCCAGAUGAGCUGAUAUCUACUGCAUCAUUGAUAUUUGAGUUUGUUAGCAAAGAAUGGUGCACCCCCUAGAAAGAUUCGGGAACCGCCCCUGUAAAUUAGCACUCAUUUGAGAUAAAUUGAGCUAUUAAGGUUAAAUGGUCUUUGUUUAUAUGUAUAUAUAAAGAUAAAAUUGAAAUAAAUUAAGACACCAAUUUUAGAAAUUUAUGUGGAAGUAAAACAUUUUGAUUAUAUUUUAUCGCCUUGACUAUUUUGCUCCGCAUUUUUGAACAAUAAUUGUUUUAAAGGAAAAAAAGGGUAACAAUAACUCUCACAUUUUGUUCUGCUUCAUAAAUGCAAUUAUAUGCAUGUAAAUAUAUGCAGUAACAAAUGUUAGAUUCAAUCUAUAGAGCAAAAUGUAUGUAUGCUUUAUCUGGUCCAGUGAAUGCACAUUUUUGUUUAAAUUUUAUGUUCAUGCAAUAGGCGGGCAUGCAAAACGCAAAGCCUUUUAAAAUGCAAAACAAAAGAUUUUUUAUGGCGUUACUUCGCGAACACAUUCCAACUUUUAAUUAUCUUACGUUAUGCGAAAUAUUUGAUAUUCUCAAGAGGGAGUAAAAAUGUACACACGAAAUAAAUUUAUGAAGAAUCAGUCGAUUUUAGUUAUGAAAUGCAAUACCAUGCCUAUUCUAGUCGAUCAUCCUACCAUGCGCAUCCUGGUCAAUCAUCCUACCAUGUGCAUCCUGGUCCAUCAUCCGACCAUGUGCAUCCUGGUCUAUCAUCCUACCAUGUGCAUCCUGGUCUAUCAUCCUACCAUGUGCAUCCUGGUCCAUCAUCUUACCAUGCGCAUCCUGGUCAAUCAUCCUACCAUGCGCAUCCUGGUCAAUCAUCCUACCAUGUGCAUCCUGGCCAAUCACCCUACCAUGUGCAUCCUGGCCAAUCACCCUACCAUGUAUCCUACCAUGCACAUCCUGGCCAAUCAUCCUAUCAUGUGCAUCCUGGUCUAUCAUCCUACCAUGUGCAUCCUGGUCCAUGAUCCUACCAUGUGCAUCCUGGUCAAUCAUCCUACCAUGUGCAUCCUGGUCAAUCAUCCUACCAUGCGCAUCCUGGUCGAUCAUCCUAUUAUUAUUAUUGCCCAAGAAGAUAACAGAAAUAAAACAAACACAUUUAUCCCUUAUAACAGGCAAACAAAAAGCUAUGAAGAGCAAUAA